UUUAAAUAUCUUUAAAUUAGCUAAAAUGCUCAGACCAAAGUCGUCGCAAGCACUCCAAUUGAAAAACAGUCCGUACUUUGUUCGUAUUUUUAGUUGCCUUUUUGAUGAUAUUACAGAUUUCCGUGCAUUGAUUGAGGAGCUUCUCAUCUUUCCACCGUGUGUUUCACCACUCAAUGCUCAUCUUCAGUGUUAUCGCUCCAAUGACAGAAAACUAACGCGUGUGUGUGCUGUUUUUCUGUCACUUUCAACAAUGACAGUUCACAACUUGUACAUAUUUUCACGAACCGGAGUACUUUUGUAUUACACAGAAUGGAACAGGCUCAAUAAAUCAGGAAUGACAAAGGAAGAGGAAGCCAAACUAAUGUACGGCAUGCUAUUUUCCAUAAAAUCAUUUGUAAAUAAAAUUUCGCCGCUGGAUCCCAAGGAAGGAUUUUUGUACUACAAGACAAGCAAAUACACACUGCAUUAUUUCGAGACACCAUCUGGUCUCAAAUUUGUUUUGAAUACCGACAAUUUAGCUCAGAAUGUUAGGGAGUUGUUACAGCAGCUCUACAGUGAGGUUUACUUGGAGUACGUUGUGAAAAAUCCAGUUUGCCAGUUGAACGAGCCGAUUCAAAGUGAAAUUUUUAAACUGAAAGUAGAUGAAUUAAUAAAAAAGUCACCCACUUUUUUGGGCCGAUCGCUGUAGGGAAAUAAUAAAUAAAAAACUAAAAAUAAA